AAAAUGCGAAACUUAAAAUGUACAAAAAAGGCGAAGAGAUUAUUUUAAACAAAAAACGAAAUCAACCCCUGAGCUCCGAAUCCCCUCAAAAGCAAACCAUCCUUUCCUCUCUCUUUCUCAACUCUCUCUACGUUCUUCUUCUCUCCAGCUCUCCCCACUCUCGUUCUCUCUUCUUCUUUCUCUGUCUCCCUCUCUGUCUGCGUGUGAUGAUGGAGAAGACGUCGCCGGAGCUGGAACUUGACAAUCUGAGGGCGAUCAGGGUUCUUGGGAGUGGAGCCAUGGGUACUGUGUUCUUGGUUCACGAUCAAACCACGGACCCAUCUGCCUCUUCUCCAUUUGCCUUGAAAGUGGUGGAGAAAUCAACCCUUUACGGCAAAUUCGACGGUGAUCGAAGAGCUAGAUGGGAGGUUUCUGUUCUAUCUCGCCUGAACCACCCUUUCCUUUCAACCCUUCUGGGUUCCCUUGAGACUGAUGAGUACAUGGCUUGGGCGGUUCCGUACUGUCCCGGCGGCGAUCUGAACGUCCUCCGUUACCAUCAAACCGACCGUGUCUUCUCCUCCACCGCCAUCCGCUUCUACGUUGCUGAAAUCGUAUGUGCAUUAGAGUAUCUACACCGUAUGAACAUCGUAUACCGCGAUUUGAAGCCGGAGAACGUCCUCAUUCAACAAUCCGGCCAUAUCACCCUCACCGACUUCGACCUCACUCGAACACUCAAACCCAAACCAACCAGAGCCGCCGGCUGGGUCCCUGAACCGGAAGUGCUCGAGCUUGCAUCAGCGAAGGAUAAACCGAAGCAUCGCCGGAACUUAACCCGGCUCAUCUCGGUCGUUUCCGAGAAAGGCGGGUUAACGAAGGUGAAGUCCGCGCGUGUCUCUCCGGUGAGUCGAAGGAAACCCAGUUUCUCCGACGGGGAACGAUCCAACUCGUUUGUGGGUACGGAAGAGUACGUAUCACCCGAGGUAGUACGGGGAGAAGGACACGAGUUCGCCGUCGAUUGGUGGGCUUUGGGAAUCUUAACGUACGAGAUGAUGUACGGUUCGACGCCGUUUCGGGGGAAGAAUCGGAAGGAAACGUUUCGGAACGUUCUGAUCAAGCCAGUAGAGUUCGUUGGUCAACGGACGAUCCUGAUGGAUUUGAUCGAACGGUUGUUAGAGAAGGACCCCACAAAAAGGCUCGGGUAUACUUACGGAGCGGUGGAGAUUAAAAGCCAUCCUUUCUUUAAUGGUUUGAGAUGGGAUUUGCUGUCGGAGGUGUUACGGCCGCCGUUUCUGGCGUUAAAAGACGAAGAAGAGAUUUUCACGGAGCAAAUUAAGGUGGGUGGGACAGAUAUUAGAGAGCACUUCCGGAAUCUUAGGGCUCCGCCGUCAGUUCCUCCGUCACCGUUACCGUCGCCGUCAUCUGAUUACCGGGUAAACGUUUCGUUGACGAAGUUUUGACUACUUGAGUCAUUUCUCAGAGGUGUAAUUACUUUAUAGCCCUUGUACAUAGAGAGAAAAGACAAAACUAUAUACCUGAAAAUGACGUUAAAAGAAGAGAGGAAGCUUUAAGCUUUGUAUUGUUUAAAGUUGAUUUUGAUUAAAGCUAUUGUGCUUUAGAGAGAUAA